UAUUCUCAGGUAAUUGAUCGCAGAGUCCGUGAACUGAAUAUUGAAGGGGACAUAAUACCCUUAGAUACUCCUGCAUUUGCUGUGAAGGAGAAAGGAUACAGAGCUAUCAUCAUAUCAGGAGGACCAAGUUCUGUGUAUGCCAAAGAUGCACCACGAUAUGAUCCAGAUAUUUUCCGGUGUGGACUCCCUGUGCUUGGCAUCUGUUACGGCAUGCAGAUGAUGAACAAAGAAUUUAAUGGCACAGUGGUGAAGAAGGAGUCCAAAGAAGACGGACAGUUAAAAGUUACUGUUGAUUCAAAAUGUCCCAUCUUCAAUGUAGCUAUCAGCAACGAGAAGUCCCAGCUGUACGGUGUACAGUUUCACCCCGAAGUUGACCAAACUGAUUGUGGCAAGCAAAUACUGCAGAACUUUCUGUAUGAUGUGGCUGAAUGUAAAGGAACGUACACCAUGAAGUGCCGUGAGACAUCUUGUAUAGAUUACAUAUGUUCGACAGUGGGAUCACACAAAGUACUGAUAUUGUUGAGUGGCGGAGUUGAUUCCACAGUGUGUGCUGCCUUGCUCAACAAAGCGUUGAAUGAAGACCAGGUGAUUGCCAUUCACAUUGACAAUGGUUUCAUGAGGAAGAAUGAAAGCAAACAGGUUGAAGAGUCUCUUUCCAGAAUUGGGGUGAAGGUCAAAGUGGUAAGAGCUGCUCACACAUUCUACAACUCGACCACCUCCAUUCCUAUAGACAGCACAGAUCCAAAUUCUUGUAAGAAAAAGACCAACAUGUUAAACUGCAUAACCAACCCAGAGGAAAAACGGAAAAUUAUUGGUGAUACAUUUAUGAAGGUGGCUACUGAUGUCAUUGAAGAAUUAAAUCUUAAACCACAUGAAGUUUACCUUGGUCAAGGUACACUAAGACCAGAUUUUAUUGACAGUGCCUCCAGAUUUGGAAGUUCAAACACAGAUCCCAUGAAAGGACAUCACAAUGAUACAGAACUGGUUCGGGAACUGAGAUUGAAGGGUCGAGUAGUUGAACCUCUGAAAGAUUUCCACAAGGAUGAAGUUAGGCUGAUUGGUAAAAAUUUGGGUCUCCCUACAGAAUUAUUACAGAGACACCCUUUCCCUGGGCCUGGAUUAUCCAUAAGGAUCUUGUGUGCAGAAGAUCGUUAUAUAGACAAAGAAUUUGGAGAAACGAACCAGUUAUUGAAAAUCAUAAGUGACUAUAGCAACUCUUUGAAAACGCCUCACUCACUAUUAAACAAGGUGAAAAGUUGCACCACUGUGGAAGAACAAGCUGACUUGGUGCGCAUCACAGAAUCACAGACUGUUGUUGCCAUGCUCCUUCCUAUCAAGAGUGUCGGAGUGCAGGGUGACAAUAGAACGUACAGUUAUGUAGCAGCUUUGUCAAGCGACAUGAAACCUAAAUGGGACAACUUGUUAACAAUGGCUAAAUUGAUCCCUAAAAUAUGUCACAAUAUCAACAGAGUCGUGUCUGUGUUUGGAGGCCAAGUACGAUUUCCCGUUGAAGAUGUGACACCAACCUUUCUCACAGAUGGCGUACUCAGCACGCUGCGCCAAGCCGACUACGUGGCAACCAAGGUGCUGCAUGACUCUGCCUAUGUGACCCGUCUCUCACAGAUGCCCAUCAUCCUAGCGCCGCUCCACUUUGACCGCGAUCCCAUCAACCACCAGCCAUCGUGCCAGAGAUCAGUGAUCAUCCGUACAUUCAUAUCCACCGACAUCAUGACUGGAGUGCCAGCCACACCCGGGGUACAUAUACCUGAAGAUGUUAUUCAGAAGAUGACAGAAGCCAUAUUAACUGUUCCUGGAAUCUCUCGAGUUCUGUACGAUUUAACGGCGAAGCCACCCAGCAACACUGAAUGGGAAUGACACCCACCCAGGCGGGGCUGUGGCUCCGAGCAACACCACCCACACCACCGCUCUCACCAACGCUGCCACUGCUAUCAUCUUCAUCAUCGUUGUCGUCGUCAUCCCAACCACCAUCACUGCUACCAACAACAACAACAGCAGCAGCAGCAAUGGCACCACCACCAACAGCAGCAGCAGCAGAACCUCGUUGUGGAUGGUAAUUGUUCAAAACCAGUAAUGAUGAUGAUGAUAAUGAUGAUGACAAAUGUGGUGGCUGUUGUAAAGAUAAAGGGGACGAUGGCGAUGAUGACAGCAGUGUCGAUGAUGACGAUGACGAUAAUGAUUAUAGAGAUGGUGACAAGGUCACAAUCGACCUCUGCUCCCACAUACAUGUGUGGCUAACUAGAUUCUUUCUUUCUUUCGUUUUUUUUUUUUUACUUUGGUCACUAGGAUGAGUUACACCUCCCCCCUCUCCCAUCAUGCUAUGCCCCCUUCCUCUUUCUGACCCCCUCCUCUUUCUGACCCCUUCCUCACCUCUCUUACUUCAUUUCCUCUUCAUUCCUCGAUUCCUCCUCCCUUGAAAUUUUUCGUGUUUUUGUUUGUAUCCCAGACUUGUAGCUGCGACAGGAGCUUGUAUCUGCAGUGGUGGUGGUGGUCAUGGCAGUAGGAAUGUCAUUUGUGGUAGUGGUAGUGGUAGUGGUGGUUGUGGUUGGCUACAAAAGGUGACUGAUCGUGUUUUGUACAGCGGUAGUAGUUGUAAGAAUGCUGUCCUGUGGCCGUUUCGGAGUUGCGCGCAGUGGUGAUGCUGGUCGUUGGAGUGUUGCCAGCAGCUGCAGACCAUCAGUGCCGUCAUGCAUGACGUACUGGCUGCAGUGGAUUUGUUGCAUGAAUCCCUGUCAUUCAUGCAUGAAGAGAUUUGUCUAACGAUCUUGUAGGCAAGCACAUCCAAUUAAGCGAUGCUUUAAUUUGCUUCUUGAUUUGCAUCUCCACCACUGCACACAAUCGAUGCAGCAUUUGGUGGGUUUGUCCAGUCAUGUGACCAUGGUACUGUUCCUUCCCUUCUCUCAAAUUACUGACCUUGUGGAGACUAUGUAAAAAAUUAUUAUAUAUUUUAUUAUAUAAAAUUAUUAUAUAUUAUAUAUAUAUGAAUUUAGUGAAUGGAGUAAAACGCUUAUGUUAACUGCAUGCGUUUUACUCCAUUCACUAAAUUUAUAUAUACUCAAGUACCCAAAAUAACAAGGAGUUUCUACCUCAUAAACAGGAGUUACACCACAGUCAUUUUGUGAUCUUUGCUACCCUGGUAUCUAUUAACCAAUUUAUUUUGUCCGAGUUAUUUAUUAAUUAGGAGAAAAUAAAUCCAUAUAAUAAAAUAUAUUAAUAUAUAUAUAUAUAUAUAUUAUUAUAUAUUAUUGUAUAUAUAUAACAUUGGCUUCUCAACAUUGUAUUUAAGACUUAAACUAGGUUGCUGUUGUCAUUGUCUUAUUUAUCUGAUCAAACUUUGGUUGAGGAGGAGGAGGAGGUG